AACAAGAAAAAACUUCACCGGGUUUAAUGUUGCAUCUUGGUAAUCAUAAUCACGGCCCCCUGUUUGUUAACCCCAACUUUCACUCGAAGUAGUAGAAAUGAAAGAUUUAAAGAGGAGAAAUUAAGGAGGGGCAAUCAUUCGUUCAUUCAAUGGUUCUCAUCCAUUAAAAUCAUCGUCAAGACAGCCCAAAGCUUCAAGAGCAAGGGUAUAUUUUAUUUCUCGAGCGAUCGAGCAAAGCUAAGGAGGAAGGUUUGAAGCAACGCACGUAGAACCUGACGAAUAAACAAUAUUUCGGAUGAUACUUUUGGAAUUUAUCAUCUGUACAUAUGAAACGUGCACUCUCACAGGUCGUCAAGUGAUCCACGCGGCUGUUCCACGCUCUUUCCACGCGUGGAAACUCGGGGUUGCAAUGCAUCGGGGAAUCAUUUUAUAUGAAAAUCAUAUUGACUCUUAAGACAUUUCCAAUAUUUUCCAAUAGCAUUUCAUUUUCAAAUUCUCGGAAACAGAAAUUUUAAUCCAGAAUUUCCGCCUGAAAAAUUUUCGUGCUGCCGUGCACGGCAUCAACUGGUGACUUCUACACGUGUCUCUCACGAACCAAUCGAUUUGCACGCCCUGACUCCGUCACACAGCACCUCUUCCGUAAUAUACCACGUCUGAUUACUUUAUAAGCAGCCUCAAAGCUUUGCACGGUACGUUUUUCUUCAGCUUCGUUUGGAAAAGGUAUAGUUUUGGUGGUCAUAUUUUGUUUUCAGCUUUCAAAGCAUUUUUUUUAUUGAUUUUCUCGCCUUUAAAAUGGCCUUGUUUUAUCAACAAUAGUCUCGAAUUUUAGGUGACCCAUUUUUGUGAGCGCUGACUUUUCUUGCAAAUGUAAUAUUUCAGAUAAUCUCGUUCCAGUAGCCUCAGCGAAGGAAAAUAGCUUUGAGAAAUGGCUUCCAAACUACCGCCGAAUUUCCCUGUUAUCUACGGAAACUUUGAAGACUUAGCUGUUAAGGUGCAGGAUUUUGUGGCAGACAAAAUCCACCUCUGUCAGCCCGACAACCUUCACAUCUGCGAUGGAUCCAAAGAAGAAAACGAGGGACUUAUCAAAGAGCUAAUGGAUGCUGGAAUUGCGACUCCCCUGCACAAGCACGAUAACUGGUAGGCUUAUUUGGCUGUUUAGACCAAGGGGGGGUUCUGGAACGUGAAGUUUUCGAAAUUGCGUGACUCUUUGCACGGCCGGUUGAGAAGUGAACCUUCUCUUCAAGUCAAAAAACUUUCUCUUGUCUCUGGAAACCACAGGUCAUGAACCGGAUAAUUGUUGAAUAAAGUUGGAAAAGUUUUCCAGCACCAGUCAACGCGUCUUGGAUACCCUUUUGCAGUCGGGGAUAAUUUGAAAAUUAUAAUAAAAAAUAUAUCUCGGCAGUUUUUGUUUGUCUAUAUUACCCCCAUGCCUAAAGUCAUUUAGUGCCCAAAAUAUGGACCUUUAAGCAAACUAUCCUUGAAUUUAGUCUUUCUGCUGGCUUUUAUUUAUUAUCUCAUGAUAUUGCAUAAAUUUGUAUAGGAUUGGUUCAGGAUGGAUUCUACUUCGCAUUUGAUGCUAUAGAGUGUUUUCACUCACGUGGCCAGCAUCUAUGCAAAUUUAUUGGAACAAAAGAAAGCGUUUGCAUAAGAAAAGAGUUCAACUCCCAGAGGAUUGGUCUGGGACACCAACAUGGCCGCCGUUUCAUUGUUUUGGGACACCAAUAUGGCCGCCGUGACGUCAUGUGAAAACACUCUAUUUGCAGAAAUGUAAACAUUUUAGGCAUCCUAGUGAUGAAUAGUUUCGACAUACAGAUAUUUUACAGAAGCAACAAUACGCUCUAAGAAAAUUAUUUUACUAAAUUCAUUUUAGCUUGAAGAUAUUAGCAUUACUUUUAAAUAUCCUUCAGUAAGGUUUUUUAUUUUUCUUUAGUUUUUAUGCAUGAUAUUGAAUAAUACAUUUAUGGCGCUAAAAAAUUGAACCAAUUUGUUAGGGAUAAUAUUGAAGCACAAAGUAAGUUUCCUGGCCAUUUUUACAAAGUGUGUACUUAAUUAUCUCAAGUAAUUAUGCAUCAGUCAAUUCCAGCUGCACCCGUCCCCCGGCUACUGUGGGGCAUUUGCCCGCCUUUUCAGUCCCAGGGGUGGGGCAUUUGCAAAUUUUGUGCUGCCCGGGGGCCGGGCAUUUGCCAACCCCAGGGCUAUUCCCGAGCUUUUGACAUGCACACGGUUUCCUAUCAGAAUAUAACCACACAGAGGAUAUUACUGGGAAAAAAGCAGAUUAGCUCAUCUGUCAAAGACAGGAGGUUGUAAAGGCAUGUUCUCAAUUUUAUGUGCGUAUUUCUUCAUUACUUAUCAAGCCAGAAUUACAUAGCGAAACUCAGGAGCUACCGCCGUGAAUCAAUGUUUUUUGGUUAGCGAAUAAAAUUUCUGUUGAUAUUAUUAAUUUUGAAGAACAUCCUUUCAUAUUUAUAACCUAUAUAACUUUACUGCACUCUGUUGAUUUUAAUGUCACUAAUUUUAUAUCAAUACCAGCGCCGUAGCUAGUAUGAGGCCAACCGAGGCACUUGCCUCGGUAAAAUUUUGACAAAUUUCACCGAUCAUUUUUAUUUUACAUAAGCGAUCAUCGGAUAUUUUUAACGCAUCAUGAUGUUACAAAGAAUUCAGCAAUUCAGUCAAUAUACUGUGAAAAAAUUACCAUAUCAUCGAUCUCAAGGGGCUACGUACGUUAACUCAAAUUUUUUUUGAACAAAUACUGAUCAAAACCAUUGGCGAGGUUAACGGUCACCCAGAUUAUGUAGCUUGUUUCUGAUUAUUGCUUUUUAAAUUCCACUUAAAUUAACUCGAAAAAAAGUUACCGAAAGGCCCAGAAAACGCUGCAAAUCGCAUUUCCGAGAGACUAAAGUUCAAAAUUUCUCUGGGGGGGGGGGCAUGCCCCCGAACCCCCCUAGCAACUGCCGCCUGCCUCGGUUGGCCAUUUGGUCUGGCUGCAGCACUGAAUACUAAAACCAUAAACUGGUGCAUGUCGUCGCAGUGUGAAGUCUUAACUAGAAUCCUAGCGCUAUUACAAAGGAAGAUGUUACUUGAAAGAAAAAGUCGCAAAUUAAAAUGUUUAAAACGGCACUAUUCGAGUGUGCAGUCAAUGAAAAAUGUUGCAGUGUUGACGGAGGACGGGGCAUUUGCCCUCUUUUUUCGUCCCCACCCCAGUGGAUUUGACAGCUCAAGAGUCCCCACCCCGGGAAUUUGCCAUCCAAGGCAAAAAAAUGCUAAUGCCUGGGGUCAGCCCUGGGGGGUGGCUGGGUGCAGUUGGAAUUGACUGAUGCAUUAUCAAUAUGGUACUUUUGUUUAUGUUUUACUUUAAAUGAACAUUUCCUUGCUUGUACUUAAUUAUAUCAUUGUCAGCACUGUUUUUUAAUGUUUUUCCGUUUUUUCAGUUACACUGUUCGUACUGAUCCCCGUGAUGUGGCACGUGUGGAAUCUAAAACAUUUAUUUGCACAGAAGACAAGCAUGAAUCAGUUCCACGAGCCAAAGAAGGUGUUGAAGGUCGGUUGGGAAAGUGGAUGAGUGUCAGUGAUAUGAAUAAACAACUUGGUGAAAAAUAUCCAGGCUGCAUGAAAGGCAAGUUUUAAUUACAUCAGUUAGCCAGUAAUGCUAUCCACAUUCUGAUCAUAAUUUCAUUUUCUUCAGUUUAUCUGAUUGCAAAUGUGGUUAUGUUUUUCAGGCCGCACCAUGUAUAUGUUGUGUUUCAGUAUGGGUCCUGUUGGAUCACCUGUCUCUAAGAUUGGUAUUCAAGUUACUGAUUCCCCUUAUGUUGUUGUUUGUAUGCGUAUCAUGACGCGUAUGGGAAGCAACGUGCUGAAAGUUCUUGGUGAUGGUGACUUUGUGAAGUGUCUUCACUCAGUUGGUGUUCCUAAACCUGCUCCCCCCUCUGACUAUCCAUGGCCUUGCAAUCCAGACAAGACUGUCAUCACUCACUUUCCACAUGACCGUGAGAUCAAGUCAUUCGGGAGUGGAUAUGGAGGAAACUCUCUUCUGGGAAAGAAGUGUUUUGCUCUCAGGAUAGCAAGCACCCUUGCUCGUGAUGAAGGAUGGCUUGCAGAACAUAUGCUGGUAUGUUAAUUUCUUGUGGGGGUCCAGACAAUCUGCGAACCAGCAAGCCAUAGGAAAGAAUAGAGUUUUAUGAAAUUGUAAAUACGUGAAAAAUAUUUCCUGAAAGUUCCCUAUGGGUAUGUGAGGUUUUGCUGUGGGAAUAUUUGCAGAAUUACGCAGUAUUGGUUGAUUUUGAUUGAUUAGGGUUAAGCACUCAUUUCACUGACUGGGGUUAAGCACUGACUUGCUUUACGGAUUAGGAUUAAAAGCUGUUUAGUGGUAAACACUUUUGGAUUAGGGUUAAGCGCUUUUUAGGGUUAAAAAAGCUCAUUUCCAACGGUUAGCUUUUGGUUAUUUUUUUCACUUUACUGCUUUUUGAUUUUUUUUGUAUUCUUCUUUUGCAUGUCUCGCAUGGCUUGCUGGCUCACACUGUAUCCUAACUCUUUUUGUGUAGGGGUAAUGCUUAAAUGCAGAGAUACAUAACUAUUAAGUAGUGAAAAUGAAAGACACGAUUCAUCAACCUGUAAAUUUAUGAAUCACCCCUAGCAGGCCACUACUUUCUAUAUAGUUAAUAAUAUGUGUUGUUGUCAAACUAUUCUUGGCUCCUAAAUGAGUGUUUCUUUGAUAAAUUUUUCUGCUCCUUUUAAGAUCAUGGGCCUUACAAGUCCAACAGGGGAGAAGAAAUAUAUCACAGGUGCCUUCCCCAGUGCUUGUGGAAAGACAAAUCUAGCCAUGAUAACACCCACCAUCCCUGGCUGGAAAGUUGAGUGUGUUGGAGAUGACAUUGCUUGGAUGUGGUUUGAUGAAGAAGGUCAACUUCGAGCUAUCAAUCCCGAAAGUGGAUUCUUUGGAGUUGCACCAGGUUCCUCAUACCUAACAAAUCCAAUUGCCAUGAAGACUUUCCAGAAGGACACUGUAUUUACUAAUACAGCUGAAACCAGUGACGGUGACUUCUGGUGGGAAGGUAAUAAUAUAGAAAGUAAACUCUGUUGUAUGAUGAAGGGGAGGGGGGGAGUGCUAUUGUCAAGUGGAAUUCCAGAAAUAUCCACAACCUUCUCUUGCCUUCCCAUUUUGAUACGUCGAUGUUUACUUUCAAGGGUAAAAUAUCCCUGAAUAGGGUGAUUUUAGACAGGAGAACCCUAAGGGAUGGGUUGGGUUGACUCAAUAAGUCAUUCUUUUGGAAUGAAACACCAGGUUGCAAUAACAUUGCUGUCCAAUAGCCUGGGCUAUUGGAAUGACGCAUCUGCUAACAUGUUGUAAUUAUUAGAUGUCAGAUGGGGAAGAAAAUUUGCAGAGGUAAAGUAAAUGUUAUUGAAAAGGGGGCUUUGUAAGCUUGAGUACUCUUCACUAGUAAACUUAAGCAAUAGCUUGCCUGAAGGGCAAGUGAAUUUUUUAAUUUUCAUCUCACCCUGAGCACACCACACUUGGUACAUUCAUUAGGUAAAAAAAAGGUUUCCUUACAGUGUAGUUGGUUACGUCCCAUCUGUGUACAGAUCUUAUUAUUUUUCUGUUUUUUCUCAGGACUGGACCUGCCAACAGAUGUGAGUAUAACUAGCUGGUUAGGAGAGAAGAAUUGGAAACCACACACUGGCCCUGAAACUGGCCCCAAAACUAAAGCAGCACACCCCAACUCUAGGUUUUGUGCCCCAAGUGAUCACUGUCCAAUUAUGGACAAGGACUGGGAAAAUCCUAAAGGAGUUCCCAUAAGUGCCAUUCUUUUUGGUGGCCGACGCCCUCAAGGUGUGCCCUUGGUCUUCCAGUCAUUCAACUGGCAGCAUGGUGUAUUUAUUGCAUCAUCAAUGUCAUCUGAAGCUACAUCUGCUGCCGAACACAAAGGCAAAGUAGUGAUGAGAGAUCCUUUUGCAAUGAGGCCAUUCUUUGGCUACAACUUUGGCAAAUACCUGGAGCACUGGUUAGGCAUGGAGAAAAAAGGACGCAAAAUGCCAAAAAUUUUUCAUGUGAAUUGGUUUCGCACAGGAGAAGAUGGCCAUUUCCUGUGGCCAGGUGAGCUAUUGCUAAAAGUUAUACAGAAAUAAUGUAGUAGACCUUAUUCUAAAUGUUGAUAACUUUAGUAUCCUUUCAUGUUAUGCUAAGUAGCCAACAUUAUUCCCAGGUUCUCUCACCUACCCGUCCCUAAGUAGCCUCUUUGCCACAGUCACAUUUGCAAAAUUCAAUAGUGGACUUCUCUGAUAGGAACAUUAAUAAUCUACCUCAUGAUGUUUGAUACGUGUAAUAGUUUCAAGGACAACUUGGCCUGCCAACCACUAGUCAUGUUGAUUCAGGUACAUUACCAAGAUAAUUUGGUACUACAGGUUCUCUAAUUAUUAAUAAUUUAUCAGCAAUAUCAUUAUUCGGUAUAAGGAACAGAAACAUUACGUAAAGAUGGGAUAUCCCGAACGUACAAUUUACCGUGCUGGUAACGUUUUUUCCUCCGCAGUUUUUUGAAGCCUGUAGUCAUUGUUCUGUCCAAUUCCAUCUUGGGACAUCAUGUGCUAACACAAGAGACUCAUCUCCAGGCCUUCAGUGUUGAAAUUCAGCAGCUGAAAAACGUGUUUCCCUUUAGUUCACUGACAAUUUUGUUAAUGGGUUGGAGAAAGCGGUAAAUCCCUGAGACAUUCCUGUGGUUGCUGUCUGCAAUUUUACAAAAUUUCUAAUACCCCCACGUCUUUCUUUUAAUCUUGAAACGAUGUCUUCAAAUUCCCCUUUCGCCAAUGGAAGAGAAACCAGUCCUUCCCCUUGUAUUGCCUGACACUGAUAUUCCCCUACCCUGGGGCAAGCCGAGAUACUCAUCAGACGUGCCCACCAAUCAGCAGAAUAUUUUGUUUGUUGAUAGGAUUUGGUGAGAAUUGCCGUGUCCUUGAGUGGGUCUUGAAGCGUUGUAACGAUGAAGACGUGGCUGACCCGACUCCUAUUGGCUACGUCCCUAAACCAGGCACAAUCAACACUGACGGCCUUGAUAAGCCUGUAGACAUGGAGAAACUUUUUGCCAUCCCAAAAGAUUAUUGGCUGGAAGAAUGUGAAUCCCUGCGAAAGUACUAUGAGGAACAAGUUGGUGAAGACCUGCCGAAAGAGAUCACAGAUGAACUGAACGCCCUUGUAGCACGUCUUAACGCUGCUUAGGUUCAUGUCUACUAGCCUUCAGCUUGUUCAGUAGUUUGUCAUGAAGAUGAAAGUAGUUAAAAAGAUAUAUGCGGACAAUCAAAGAGAAAGGUCAUUGGCAAACAUGUCCCAUUUUAAAGAAUGUUUGUAAAUGUGUUUUGAUCGGUUUAGGUAACAAUUUCUUUUUUGUCACCAGUUACAAAGAAUUACCAAUUACAAGAACAGCCACAACAACAACUGAAGUAAACUCU